AAACGAUCAGUUGAGUUUGCGAUUUGAAAUACAGAAAACAAACGAUAAUGAAGCGCGGGUGUUAAAGACAAGAAAAAAACAAAAUAAAUAUUUAUAAAAAAAUUUUAAUUUUAAAAAUAAUUAACUAAUAAAAGUAAUGCUUAAAUAUAAUAAUUAAAAGAAAAAAAAUUAACAAAAUUUAUUAAAAAUGUUAUACGGUUUAAUAAAAUUAACAUGGUUCGAUAUAACCACCGUCGGUUUUACGGUAGUGGCGAUUGUUUUGGUGCAAAUAUUAAAUGCUAUAUGGUCAUCAAUAGAUGAUAAAACGGCAUCAUCACCAUCACCACCAACAAGUGAUAAUAAUGGAGUGAGAAAAUCGUUAAAAAUAAAUGAAUUGAAAUCUUUAAUAUCUAGUGAUUCUACAACAAAUGAUUCAAAUACGAAUACUGCAACAACAACAAAUGGCAAAUUACAAAAACAACAAAGUGAACAAAUUGAAAAUGGUUCAUUAUCAACAAAUUCGUCAUCAUUGUCAACACCAAUAUCGCCACCACCUCCUCCGCCACCACUACCCCCUUUAUUAUCAUCAUUUUCGCUUUCAUCUUUAUCAUCGACAGCUUCUUCGUAUCCUAUAAAUGUUCGUAAUUCGGUGAGUUAUCUAUUUAAUGGUAACGGCGUUAGCAUUCCAUCAAUCCACCCUACAACCAGUCUACCCGAUAAUUUAAGUGAUGAAUACCACGAAGAUGAGGACACCAUCUCUUUGGAAAAUUUAUUCCCCUGCGAUCAAAGCGAAAUAUAUGCCUCGAAGAAAAUCAGUUAUAUUAUUGAUGAAUUCAUACAAACCGAAGGAAAUUAUGUGAAUAAUCUUAAAAAGGGCCUAAAAAAUUAUGGCAAUCUACAGAAAUACGAUCAAUUACCCGAAGCCCUAAAAGGCGAUGAUAAACAGCAGCAACUGUUGGGCAAUAUAGCGGAAAUAUUGGAAUUACACGAAAAGGAAAUUUUACCCUUAAUGUUAAGAAAUCAAAGGGAUUUGAAAAGUAUGUUCGAUGAAAUGGCACAAAGUAUAGAUAAAAAUCAAUUUUAUUGCUAUAUAACUUUCACCAUGCACAAGAAGACAUCUUUGGAAUUGCGCAAAGAAAAUCGAGAGUUUUUCCAGAAUUAUCAAAAUGAGAUCAAUGAUCGUUUAGGUAUUGAUAGUUUUCUAGUACAACCCAUACAAAGACUGACCCGAUAUCCCCUACUAUUACAGCAGUUAAUAAAUGAAUUCUAUAAAAGUGGUAUUAAUUGUAAGCCCGUCUUGUCUUCAUUGUGUAAAUUAGAGACACGCAUGCGCCGUCUGUUGGAGGUGGUCAAUCAAUCGGAAGAGAUACACUGUAUAGAGGAAAUACCUCCUGAGCUCCAUCUCGAACAACUGGGUUCCUUUAGACGUUCCACCGAAUUCGAUGCCUAUAACCAUAGAUCACGUAAAAAAUUCCACUCCAAAGUUUUCCUCUUCGAUCAGUGCCUUCUAUGCACCGAAGUGCGUAAACGUCGUUUAGCCUUUAAGCAUUCGUAUACUUGGGAUACAAUAGAAUUAAAGCUUAAUACCUCUAAGAAUAUAACUCUAUUAACGAAAGCUGCCUCUUCGUCGGGCAGUUCGAAUACACAUAGUUCCGUUAAGGAGGAAUAUGAAUUCUCCUCACCCGAAGCCAUUUCAAUAAAUCAAUGGCUGCGUUGCGCUCGCCGCAUUAUUGAGCAUUCUCGCAUCGAAGAGUCUCAGAAGGGUAAACUGGUAUUGCCCAUGGAUUUGGUUUUGGGUGUGAUAUUUGCCAUUUGGUUUAUUUGGCACUAUUUGUGAGAGUGUCGUCGUCGUGUGUUUUAUUUAAUGUGUAAUUAUAUUUAUUUUAUUUUUUUAUUUAUAAUUUGAGUUUUAUUUAUUUAUUGCAAUAAAGUGAUCUUAAAUUAUUACUUUUUUAAAUAUC